AUGGUCGCCAUUAAGUCUGUUACUCUCUUUUCUGUUCUCGCUGCCCUUGUUGCUGCUGCUCCUGCUGCUCAGGAUUCUAAGGCUCUCACUGCUGAGGAGAUCCUUGCUCCUUACGCUCCUGAGGUUGUCAAGCGUGAGGCCGCUCCUACCAGCGUUCUUGACCUUUCUGCCGUUAAUACUCUCAUUCUUUCUAUUGCCUCAUUCCUCACCUCUGCUCUUUCUUCUCUUAGCAGUCUCGACCUUAACGGUGAUUUGAGCGCUGUUGGUGACCUUCUCACUAAUAUUACCACUGUUGUCACUCAGCUCGUCAACUCUCUUACCGACACCACUGUUGGUACUGGUCUUGCUGCCACCCUCAAGACUCUUCUUAUUAACACUGGUCUUAAGACUCUUCUUAACCUCCUUCUCAGCAUUGUUAACCAGCUUGUUUCUGACCUCACUGGUAAGACUCUUUCUACCACCCUCACCAAUAUCAUCAGUUCUCUUAGUGACACUCUCAACAACCUUUCUACUGUUCUUGGAUCUGCUGGUCUUGGUGACGGUGUUACCGAUAUCAUCACUUCCAUUGUCAACCUCCUCAACACUCUUCUUUAA